ACGACGAAGAAUGUCAAAGUGAUGGCUUUCAUAACAAACGAUCAUCAGUAAGUCGCGAAGGUCGUUCUUCAUUAACAUACCUCGGUCCGUUUGAUUUCAAAAGCAAAGAGAUGCUGAAGAUGCAAGAACAUCCGUCGACAUUGGACGACAGUAAAGCGAGCCAGGGUAGUAGCAUGCCAUCGCGAAGACAAGGAGGAGCAUCAUCGUCAUCAACAACAACACCAUCAACAGCAGCAGUAGAGAAUCGUAUCAGUAUAGAGGAGCGUCGCGACGCCGCCGAUCCGAAGCGAGACGCCGUCAUCGCCGUCCUUGCCGACAAUAAUAAUAGUUCUAACGGAGAGUUGCCCGAGUGCAAAGUGAGACGCAACUACACGUGCACCAGUUGCAACGACUUCUUCACGCAGAACCCGCGUCUUUACUUGUAUCAUCUGCGCGAUGUGCACCGCAUCAAACUGAGAGUGUACGAGUGUCCGAGCUGUUUGUACGCCUCGAAACAUUUCCAGAAACUCCUGCGGCACUCGAAGAUGGUGCACGGCACCAGCGAGGGUGUCACUCCUGCCGAAACGUCCGCGCCGCGUAAACCUGAAGAAGACCCUUGCACCUACGAGGACCACGACGAGAUGCUCCUCGUGGAAGAGCAAGAGGAGCAGUCAGUGUUCAAGUGUUCGGUGUGCACGUUCAGCAGCCGUAGUCGCGUCCUACUGAACCGGCACGAGCGGGAGGAGCACAUCAAAACGAAAUUCUUCAGAUGCUCCAAGUGCACCUACGUGACCCACAUCAAGGCCCGCUACACGAAACACGUGAAGUACCACUCGAUGCCGAUGAUCAAGUGCGACAUGUGCGAUUUCCGCACGCCGUACAAAUGGAACCUGGACAGGCACUGUAAGAACCAUAACGGGAGGGGUGCGUUCCGGUGUUCCGCGUGCAAUUUCACCGCGGACAUUAAACAGAGUUUGACGGUGCACGAGAUGAAUCAUCACGUGCCCCCGGUGGGUCAGGCGGCCGGUUUGGGAGUGGGGAGGAGGAGGAACAAAGUGGGCGCGAGUGAUAGUACCGCCGCCGAGGAGGAGGUUGGGGAGGAGGAGGAGGAGGAGGAGGAGGGGGAGGAGGUGCUGGUUCCGGUUUCCGGUGAGAGGGAACACGAUGGUUCUGUGAAGGUUGGCAGAGGAGAAAAACCACCGAGUGACGAGGACCGAGGACCCUUAAAAGAAGACACGGCGGUGUUCGUAAAGUCCAAACCGAAAAUCAAAAUCACCCCCAGGAAAACGAAAGCGACCCCAUUGACCAGCGGAUCAGCCUCAAAACAGUCCUCAUCAGACUUUAUCCAUCCGGACGACAUCGUUCAGCACUCUAAUGGAAGAGUCUACAUCAAAACCAAAUGUAAACUGUGCAACUUCAAGACCCCUUGGGACACCGAGAUGGCCAAACACGAGAAACUCUUUCACAACCUGAACAGGGACGUUCUGACUAACAAAAAACCCUCCAGACCCAUCCCCAACUUGAUCCCCAUCAAGCAACAACCCUCAUCCUCCUCACCCUCUAAGGAAUCAUCGCCUAUAAUGAGCGACAAGGACAUUAGUGAUAUUUGCAGCCGGUCUGCCAAUAGUGCCCUGAAAGAUUUCGCCUCGCUGUUCGGUUCUGAGGACGUGUUCAAAACCCCCACGACCUCCAAAGUACCUGAUCUCAUUCCCACGUCGUUUUUCAAUAAGCCAACUAUUAAUUUUAAAGAGAAGAAUGCCUCGUUCUUCGAUCGUCUUAAGGAAAGACUGGAGUUGGGGUCAGCUAGUAACCUCACGUGUAAGUUGUGCGGUUAUGAGAGUAAGUGCCUCACGGAACAGGCGAAGCAUCAAAAGAGGUGCGGGAAAAAGGAGACCGAUAAAGUUCCUAAGAUAAUUCCGGUGCAUAAUAUUAGUGCGUCCAGGUGUCAAUAUUGUAGGCAACGUUGUAAGUCUUCGGCGGAUUUGUAUGUACAUUUGCAGGGAUGCGCGCAGGCUUUGAGGGCGCAUAGCGAGUUCAUGGAUAGUCGUAGGAAAUGUACCAAUUUGGAUGAGGACGACACCUCAUCGGAACACGAAAACGAACUGAAAAUAGACGAAGACCGCAACAGUACCGAAGAGGAACCAACCGAAACCAAACCGCACCCGAUGGAAAACAAAGUCUUCGUCUGGAAUGACAUCCUGGUACCAAUGGACAUCGACGUAGACGACUCCAACUACGAAUACCAAGAGGACAAAAUCGAGGAUAACGGCUCCCUGGACCUCUCCAUACGCACCCAAUCCCCCGUGACAAGCGAGAACAGCUUCAUCCAAGAGAACAACAACACCUUAAGCACCACCAACAACAACAUCCCGACGACACCGGUACGACAAUCCCCCAUAUCCGUACCAACAGAAAAAAUCCCUACACACGGCAACGACAUCUCGGUGGCGCAACACAAGCGGGUCUUCAAAUGUCCCCAUUGCACCUUCUGGGCCUCCACGGCCUCCAGAUUCCACGUCCAUAUCGUCGGACAUUUAAACAAGAAACCGUUCGAGUGCUCCUUGUGCUCGUACAGGUCCAACUGGCGAUGGGACAUCACCAAACAUAUCAAGUUAAAAUCGGUGAGGGACCAGGCACACGAAAACGCUAAGGUGCUCAUGACCGACGAAACCGGCCGAAGGAACUACACCAAAUACAAUAAGUAUCUCACCGAGAUACCGUUGAGCAGUUUACAGAAUAACGAGACUAGCGGCGGGUCGGGUACUAGACCAAGGAACCACGACAGGAACAGCUCGCCCUCCACUAGCAAGGAGAAACAACAGAAGGCGCCUACCAGUGGGGACUUUAAUUCGCUCUUGAAGCUGAGUAGCAGCAACAUCAGGGCCAGUCCAGCUCUGAAAGUUGCUGAGAAGCAGCUGAUGGCCAACGUCACUCAGGAGAAGAAGAGAUCCAGUUCGGACGGCAAGAGGACCUUGUUCAAGUGCAAGAAGUGUAACUUCAGAGACGCAUCCAGAGACAUCCUGCUUCAACACGUGAGAGGUCACUACGAGCAACAACCGUCACCGACGGACCUGCUGCUCGACCAGCAGCACCAGGAGCAACUGUUCCAGCAGGCGGUGGCGGCGGCGCAGGCCCACCAAGCGGCCGCCCUCGGUACUGCCGCCUCACCACUCGCUCUGGUCACUAGCACGGGCUCGGGCGGUGCGAGUAGCGCGCUCGCCUCGCUGUUCGCCACGCAUCAGGAUUUAAGUUUACGGGGUACGAGUAGUCCUCAUGAUGAUCAUGAUAGAGAUGAUGAUGAUGAUGACGAGGCAAGUGUAAAUAACCAAAACGGCUCAUCAACAGCUACAACCGCGGCGUCGAGGGGCGGAGGGGGCUCGUCCGGUAGUACUAACGCCAACGUCCCCCCUUUCCGUUGCGGUCAUUGUAAUCAGGUCUCUAACUGGAAGCAUGUCAUUCAGCGUCACUGCAGAUUGAAACACAGCGGCGAUAUAAGAGUGGUCAGCACUAAGAACGGCCAAGAAAAAAUCGAAAUCGAGGAGCAACUGUUGGACGACCUGGACGACUUGGAUCCCUCCUCACAAUCUGGAGUGUACAAAUGCAGCGUUUGUCCCUACACCACCGACACGAACGCGGACUUCCAAGGACACUUCGAGGGACAUUUGCCCCAAAACACUGCCGCGUUCAAGUGUAUGUAUUGCAACUAUCGCGUGAACGCCGAGAAGGACUUUAUCGAACAUUUAAAGUUGCACGAGACGACCUCUAGUGACCCGGAAGGGAAAAAGUUCAAAUGCUCCCUCUGUCCUUACGUGACCAAUUCGAAAUCCCAGUACACUUAUCACAAACAGUUUCAUAAAUAUCGGGGCGGUCAGUACGUUUGCGAUCAUUGCAAUUAUAACGUUAGCAAGCGACAUUUGUUGCAUCAACAUAUGAAGGUGCACGGAAUCAAUAUGAAGAAUAAUAGUCAAGCGGCUGGUGGUGAUUCUGGGGAGGAAGUUUCUGAUUCUACUGAUAUUCCUUUGGUGUGGGUGUCGAAGAAUAAUCAGUUUUCGAAAAUGUUUAAGUGCCGGUUCUGUCCUCACGUGAACUCUCGUAAGGUCAACAUUCAGGAGCACGAAAAGAUGCAUGGCGCCCGCGAAAAGUCUCCUAAAGUAAAUGAGCAGGAGCACAAGUGCACCGAGUGCAAUUACGUGUGUAAUAAUGCGGGGGUGCUCUCUUCACAUAUAAAAGUACACCAGGGGGUGUACGGAGUGGUGCAUUGCCCAGUGGACACCACCAAGCCUGACGAAGAACAACUGAAAGAACUGCUAGGUAACAACGAGUUUGAUACCUCCGAGUUUUUAGAAGUUGAAAUGGAAGAGGUGGACACUGAGAAGUUUUUGCACUUUUGCCAAGAAUGUCCAGCAAGAUUCUUAAAAGAAAACGAGCUCGCUAUACACAAAGAUUUCCAUAAUAACCUAGACAACCAGUUUAAAUGCGAGCACUGCACUUACGCCACUAACGUGGACGACUACUUAAAAUCCCACUCCAAAGUGCACACCACAGACUACCAAGAAAGAACCAAUGUGCUUAAAAGCUUUCACACGGUAAGCUCCGAACAUGCUGAAGCUCCCUUAAAAGAAGCCACAGGACCCGAAGGGGACGUAAUAUGGAAAACCGAACCAGUCAAGAGCAAACUGGAACAAAAAAACAACAUUCUGGCAUCGUUCCUUAGUAAACCCUUGAAAUCCGCUUUAACAGUCCCUCUGUCUGGAACCGACUUGUUUCAGCAACUUCAUGAAGCCCAACAGAGGCAAUCAGCAACCGAGGAAACCCAAACAAAAAGGAGUAAAGCUUCUGAAGAACAUUUCGGCACCCAAAUGCACGGCAAUCCAGACUUCAUCUAUCAAACGUACAUAAAAAACGGCAGAGCCAAAGAGAAACGUUACAAGUGCCAUAAAUGCCCCAGCGCAUUCGAGAAACGUGAGCAGUACAAAAUCCAUUUGGGUCUCCACGGAUCUAACCAGCGAUACAACUGUGCUGCAUGCGACUAUUCGGUGAAGUACUAUGCGAACUUUGUGCAACAUUUGAAGAAACACAAGUUCAGUGAUGACGCUCAUGCAGCCAAAAAGGAAGAAGACUCUGAAGAGAACCUGGAUGAUGACGAAGACGAGGAAGAAGAAGCAGAAGAAGAUUCUUGCACGGAUUUAGUGAAAAUUAGCGCAGAGGAGCAGCAAAUGUCUGAGAUUCUGCAUCAGAGGACUCCGGUGCCCAGUGAGGAGAAAAAACUGCAUUGGUGCCAAUAUUGUCCUUACGUGAACACACGUAGGGAUGCCCUAGAAAAUCACCAAAAGAAACACAAAAGUGUCUCCGGGGUUGUUCAUACUUAUGCGUGCGAUCACUGUGAUUUUUCAGUGCCACAGGUUCACUUUCUACGUGACCAUACGAAACUUCAUUUUAUACCAAAUAAGGUUAAUCAUGUGAACGGUUACAUGUUAUGUGAUAAUUUAAGGUUGGAGGCCAGUAACGGUGAACGGGAUAAUGAGGUUUUAUUGGAUAACGAUGAUGAGGGGGAAAAGUUUAAUAAUAAUAAGGGUGAAGUAGCUACUAAUAGUGUAGAAAAUACCAAUAACCUUCAAAUGGAAGUAAAUUAGUCAAACUUCUAGUGAUCAUGUAAAUGUAGUAAAUUAGACGAUACAAUAAUGCCUUUUAGUCAUAGAAUAGUAUUUUUACAAAAAACAAGAAGAGAAAAGUAUUUUCACACGUCGUUAAUGCUAUAUAUUAUGCAAAUAUAUUAUAUUAUGUUAGUUAUUUUCUAGUAUUACUUAACAGUUUAUGUAAAUAUGUUAUAUUAAUUAUUUUCAGAGUAUUAAAUGUUUAGUUCAGAUGGGGUUUAAUGCCAAAGCAUUCAAUGCCAAAAUUUGCCAUAUAUGAUAAAUAUUUGUUGUCUAUUGUUUAAUGAGAAUAAAAUAAAUCAGUUGAUGGAA